GCGCGUUCAUCAGUUCAGCCAUGGAUGCUAUGUUCUUUUCCACCUGCUCAUACUUGCUCCUCCUCACUUCCCUCUUUCACGCCGCUUCAGCACAUUCAGAUGACCAAAUGAAAUCGCCCUUUGAGUUCCUCCAGCACCUUCAGGGAUGUCACAAGGGCGAUCAUACCGGAGGCAUUCGCGAGCUCAAGAGAUACCUCGAGAAAUUUGGUUAUUUGAAUUACAACCAAUCCGGUCAUCCGACAAUCCAUGCCGACGACGACGAUUUUGAUGACUUGUUAGAAUUUGCUGUUAAGACGUACCAACUCAAUUAUCAUCUGAAUGUCACGGGAACCUUAGAUCCCCAGACUACGUCCAAAAUGAUGAGACCGCGAUGCGGCGUGGCGGACAUCAUUAAUGGUACCACCCGCAUGGGGUUCGGAAAGAAAGGGCGGAACCUCCGUGGGAUCGGAUCUUUCCAUACCGUGUCUCACUAUGCGUUCUUGGAGGGAAGCCCUAGAUGGCCGGCCUCUAAUUACCAUCUCACCUAUGGCUUCCUCCCAGGGACCCCAGAGGCUGCCACGGCCCCAGUUGCCCGGGCUUUUGCCAAGUGGACCUCGGUGACACGCUUCACUUUCUCGUACGUCCAGGACCAUCAAUUUGCCAACAUACAGAUAGGGUUUGCAAGAGGAGACCAUGGAGACGGUGCACACAACAGCUUCGAUGGCCCCGGAGGAACUCUUGCGCACGCGUUUCCGCCAACAAGCGGGCUGUUCCACUACGACGCGGAUGAGAAGUGGGCUGUUGAUCCACCCUCCGGCUCGGCCGCUUUUAACGUGGAGACGGUGGCUUUACACGAGAUCGGUCACCUCCUUGGGCUAGGGCACAGCGAUGUUGAAGGGGCCAUCAUGUACUCCUCCAUAGCUCCUGGGACUACCAAAGGUCUCCAUGCGGAUGAUAUUCAAGGAAUCAAGGCGUUAUACAACUUUUGAUCAGGGGUUUGAAUUGAUUCUCUUUGUGGGUUUUGAGCAAGGGAAGCAUUUACUAUUUGGUCAUAAUUUCCUUCGAUUUAUACGUAUCAUUUAUUUUUAAGGUCCGCUACAAUCCAUAUAAUGUAUCUUAUACAACUUUGACUCCCUUCUACAAUAUGGAGGAUGGGAUUUUGCUUGUGAA